AUGGACAACAACCGAGACGAGGAGCACGGCAAGGUGAUUCCAAAUAGCCAGGAAUAUGCAACUUCUCAAACACCUCUCCUGGGCUUCAAACGAGCACAGGAUGAUAUGGGCAGGAUCCUGAGUACGAACUUCAGUGCGCUGACGGCCGGAUUAAAUGACGCCGCUCUAGGUGUCCUGAUUCCCUACAUCCAACCGACCUACCACGUUGGCCUGCUUCAGGUCUCUAUGGUCUAUCUCGUCAACUUCACAGGUUGGCUGCUCGCCUCCUUCGCCAACAUUCACAUUUGCGCCCACAUUGGCACAGGCGGCACCCUCGUCCUCGGGGCUUCAAUUCAGUGCAUCGGCUAUGCGCUGAUGUUCUGGGGCCCCCCAUUCCCCCUCUUCAUGGCCGCUUUCUUCUUCACCGGCUGCGGUGUGGCCCUGCAGGAUGCCCAGAUGAAUACCUACACGAUCACUGUUCAGGACGCGCACCGGUGGCUGGGGAUCCUGCACGCCGUGUACGGGGUCGGCACGAUCCUGGCCCCGUUGAUUGCCAACACCAUCGCCGCCCGCACACCCCACUGGCAGCAUUACUAUCUGGCCACGAUGGUGGUCGGGGCAGUGAACAUCUCGUUCCUGGCGUGGACGUUCCGAAAGGGACUUUUCAAGCCCAAUGCGGGCAGCACCAAGGGUAGCGCCAGUCGCGACCUGAAAGCAACCUUGACGAACCGCGCGGUCUGGAUCCUGAACGGCUUUUUCUUUUUGUAUGUGGGCGCCGAGGUCACAGCUGGUGGGUGGCUCGUUCAAUUUCUCGUUUCCGUAAGACAUGGCGACCCCGAGAAAGUAGGCUAUGUAGCUUCUGCGUUCUGGGCUGGGUUCACCAUCGGACGAGUUGCUUUGGCAGAUUUUACACACAAGUUCGGCGAACGGCGGAUGGUCUUUAUUUAUAUGUUAUUGGCUAUAGCCCUUCAAUUUCUGUUCUGGCUGGUACCAAACAUAACAGUGAAUGCUGUUACGGUGUGCUUCCUAGGAUUCUUCAUUGGACCAUGCUAUCCGGUUGGGCUUUACAUUCUUACCAAGGUGAUACCGCAAGAGCUGCACGUGGGAGCCAUGGGUUUCACUGCGAGUCUGGGACAGGCGGGGUCCGCCGCUUUCCCAUUCAUGACGGGCGCCAUAGCCUCGCAAGCCGGUGUCCAAGUCUUGCAACCUAUCAUGGUGGGGCUGCUUAUCGGAGUUAUCACAUUCUGGUCGUUGGUUCCCAGGCAGAGUUCGAGGAGUGCUUGA